UCGAGCUUCGGAACAACUGUUGAACGCAUCUGCGCUCACAACGCAGCCUGCAUUCUGUAUAAUAAGCGAUUGGCUAGCCCGCGACCCAUUCCUGUCGGGACCGUGGAGCGAAUCAGACGCUCACUCGCGACGCGCGACACCCGAGCAAACUAACAGUCGGUACUUCAUCGCCGCGAACAUGAAGUGCGUUCGUAUUUGUGCCCUUUUUGUUCUUAUAUGGACUGCGAAUGCCCGCGAAACAUCUCUGAAACAAGAGAUAGCCGCUCUGAGCGAACAGAUCGAGUUGCUGAAGACAACCCACUCGUCCGAUGUAUCCAGUCUGAAGAAAGAAAUACAGGAAUUAAAUUGAAACGUGCAUUGGCUGAAGCUCGUGAUCUGGCUCACCUGGCGCGCACUCAGGAAGCGCGAGUGGACAAGUUGGACAACGAGGUGGAGAGGAUCAAGUACGAGCAACAAGAAUUAAGAUCGAUGACUGUUCUGAUGCGGACUGGUACAGGAAAAUUGUUAAAGGAGCUGAAGACAAACAAGCUGGACAACGUCUACACUUCCAACGAUGUAAUGGAUCAACGCGAGAUUGAGAAGGAACUAAAGAUGAAACAUGGUCGCCGCCAUAGAAUACGCCACAGCAAAAUGGUUCACGCACAGAUCUCUCGCCUUGCCCGUACGCAAGAACAGCUCGAUACUUAUCAACAAAACCUGCAGACGCAAAUACUUGACGUACAAAGGCGACUCGACCGCGUUGAGGAACCCAACUGGAACCUAAUGUCAGAAAAAGUGGACAACAUUGAAUACGAAAGCAAGACUUUGCGAGACGAAAUAAAAAAUGUUACCCAAAAAUUAUCUGACUUCGAAAAAAUUCACGCUUCUGUGUUGGAGCUUCGCGAAGAUAUCGAGAGCAUUGAAAAUAAGGCUGAUAGAACUAUUCCUGAAUUCAGAAAGGAAAUCUCGAAACUAGACGUCAGCGUUGCACAGUUGAACGCUCAAUCAUCGUAUUUGAAAGAAGACCAAGAGAAUUUGCGCCAAUCGGUGAAGGCUAUUGCUGUGAGCAUUAGUAACACGAUCGACCGCGCUGCGAUGGAUCGACUGGCCAUUAAGGAGAUGAAUGAAACUGUGAUCGAACUUCAAACCAGGUCCAAAAAGCAUUACUCCUGGUUUAACGACCGUAUUCUCAAGAGUGAGGCCAAUAACUCUUAUUUGCUGAACAUGGUGAAUAAUGAAACUGUAGGAAUGUUACUGCCAGAGCUAAUGGGUGAAGUUAAAACCUUGCAACCAGUAGAAAGGGAAUAUGAAGAUCUCGUAAGUAAGCUUCCUAAAGAUUGCUCCGAGGUUUCCGGUCCAGACGGCCUAUACCUGAUCCAUCCAGGAAAAUCUCCUGUUGAGACUUGGUGCUCCAAUGGCAGUACCCUUCUUCAACGUCGUGUAAAUGGAUCUGUUGAAUUUAAUAGGAAAUUUUCGGAAUACGUUUACGGUUUUGGUAAUGCCAGUUCUGAAUUUUGGCUCGGCCUAGAGUCUAUGCAUCAACUAUCCUCUGACAAUUGCUCGUCAAUGAGAAUUGAAAUGACUGACAUUUACGGAAGCAGCUGGUUCGCCGAGUAUGACCAUUUCUCUGUCGGUAGCGCUGACACGGGAUAUAUUCUCGAUGUGAGUGGGUUCUUUGGAAAUGCAAGUGAUGCUUUCGAAUACCAGAACCAUAUGGAAUUUUCGGCUAUUGAUCGUGACCGAGAUAUUUCCAACACUCAUUGCGCUGGGAAUUACGAAGGAGGAUGGUGGUUCUCUCACUGCCAACACGUCAAUAUUAAUGGAAAAUACACUUUAGGAUUGACAUGGUUUGAUUCGGGUAGAAACGAAUGGAUUGCAGUUGCAUCCAGCGAGAUGCGCUUGCGCCGUCGUCUUGGAUGCGUUUAGAUAAUAAAGAAGUCAUUUAUGCAUUAUAACUAUUAAAAAUAUUAUAGACGCACAUUGUGCAUAUAAAUUAAUCAAUAAUCAUACCAAAGAUAACCUAGUAGCAAACAAAUCGUACUUAUAUUUAACGCUUCAGGAGAGUUUGAGUAGAAGAUAUUGUUUAAUUAAAAUUUUCCUUAUAUCAUUAUCGUUCUGAUAAUAUUUCUAUAACUCACAUUACCUUUUUUAAACACUUGCUACAACUGGUUCACCUUAAAGUCAUAGAAAUAGAAACAAACACUUAUUUCUAGUUGCCUACAUUUUUUAUGUCAAUAAAAUUAUUGAUUUCAUUUAUUUAUUAAAUUGUUAUACGUUGAACGUACGAAUUUAUAUUAUUUAAGGUUUACUUUGUUCUAAAAGUAUGCAUACUAAGUGCAAGCUAGUAACAUGAACCCAAAUGACGUCAUGUAACUUAUGAUAAGAAUUGGAUGCAAUGAAUAACGACUACUAUAUUGGGAAAUUACUUAAGUUUCUUUUUUAUUUUUUUUAACUUUAGUCGAUAAUUGAACUUUCCUUUUUCUUAAUGUGUUAUUACUUUAUGUACAUUUUAAACUAAAAUUUAAUAGUGAGAUAAUUUGUAAUUAAUAUUGUUAUGCCUAAUUUUACUUAAUUAAGAUACCAGUUCAUUGAUUUAUAUAUCUUAUCUGUAUUUUUAUAAUGCUAUGUAGUUAUUUUAUGCCGAAAGUGUCAUAUCAAUUUAUCUUUGAGCUAAUUACUUAAAUUCAAAUUAAACACAUACUUGUUUAGUCGUACACUUUAGUUAACAACCAUCAGUUUUUAAUUAUUAUAUUUACUACUAUGUAUUUGAAAGCUUAAUUAAUGAAUUAGUAGUAUAAUGUAGAAGUAGAUUACCGAACUAUUGCACUCCUACUGCGGUCAAUAGUAAUGGAAUUACCAAAUAAAAGCAUCAAUAAAA